UCGGCGCCGCCGCAGGCGCGCCUGCCGAGCGCCGAGCAGCCAUGGAGAUGGCGGCGGCGGCUGUGUGAAGGACCGUGGAGGCCUAGAGCCCGGGCCGGAGGGCUGGACAGGCCUGCGUGCCCGCGGAAGCCCGACCGGGACUUCUACUCCAGAGAGGAAACCUCAUCCAGGGCCAUGAUGCCACUUCCCCAUUAUCUGUGUGCUGCUUGGUUAAGCUAAUGCUGCAGGAGCCCUGGUCCCUUGUGGAGGAAUCAAGCUGACUCUUGGCAUGAGGCCCCUGCCUUACAGGGGUUGAGAGGGACACUGCCAUGGCUUCUCUGGAUGACCCAGGGGAAGUGAGGGAGGGCUUCCUCUGCCCUUUGUGCCUAAAGGACCUGCAGUCUUUCUAUCAGCUUCAGUCACAUUAUGAGGAAGAGCACUCCGGGGAAGACCGUGAUGUCAAAGGGCAAAUUAAAAGUCUUGUCCAGAAGGCUAAGAAAGCAAAGAACAGGCUGUUGAAACGAGAAGGAGAUGACCGAGCAGAAUCAGGGACCCAAGGAUAUGAGUCUUUCAGCUAUGGAGGGGUUGAUCCUUACAUGUGGGAACCCCAGGAGCUUGGUGCUGUGAGAAGCCAUCUUUCUGACUUCAAAAAACACCGAGCUGCCAGAAUUGACCACUAUGUUGUUGAAGUCAAUAAAUUAAUAAUCAGGUUAGAGAAGCUCACUGCAUUUGACAGAACGAAUACUGAGUCUGCUAAGAUCCGAGCAAUAGAAAAGUCCGUGGUGCCUUGGGUCAAUGACCAGGAUGUCCCUUUCUGUCCAGACUGUGGGAAUAAGUUCAACAUCCGUAACCGCCGCCACCACUGCCGUCUCUGUGGGUCUAUUAUGUGCAAGAAGUGUAUGGAGCUCAUUAGUCUUCCCUUGGCAAACAAGCUCACCAGUGCCAGCAAGGAUUCCUUGAGCACCCACACCAGCCCCAGCCAGUCACCCAACAGCGUUCAUGGCUCCCGCCGGGGCAGCAUCAGCAGCAUGAGCAGUGUGAGCUCCGUCCUGGACGAGAAGGAUGACGACCGGAUCCGCUGCUGUACACACUGCAAGGACACGUUGCUCAAGAGAGAGCAGCAGAUCGACGAGAAGGAACACACCCCUGACAUUGUGAAGCUCUACGAGAAAUUACGACUUUGCAUGGAGAAAGUUGACCAAAAAGCUCCUGAAUACAUCAGGAUGGCAGCAUCAUUAAAUGCCGGGGAGACAACCUACAGUCUGGAACAUGCUAGUGACCUCCGAGUGGAAGUGCAGAAAGUAUAUGAGCUAAUAGAUGCUUUAAGUAAGAAGAUCUUAACCUUAGGCUUGAACCAGGACCCUCCACCACAUCCAAACACCUUGCGGCUGCAGAGGAUGAUCAGAUACUCAGCUACACUUUUUGUGCAGGAAAAGUUGCUUGGUUUGAUGUCACUGCCAACCAAAGAACAGUUUGAAGAACUGAAAAAGAAGAGGAAGCAGGAGAUGGAGAGGAAGAGGAUCCUAGAGAGACAGGCUGCCCUGGAAGCCCAGCGAAGGCUUGAGGAAAGGCGGAGUGACCUGGCAUCUCGUGCAGCCAAUGGGGAGGUAGUGUCCCUUCGAGGGGGCCCUGCCCCCUUGAGAAAGGCUGAGGGCUGGCUCCCGCUGUCAGGAAGUCAGGGGCAGGGUGAAGACUCAGACCCCCUCCUCCAGCAGAUCCACAACAUCACAUCAUUUAUCAGGCAGGCCAAGGCUGCGGGCCGGACAGAUGAAGUGCGCACACUGCAGGAGAACCUGCGGCAAUUGCAAGAUGAGUAUGACCAGCAGCAGACAGAGAAGGCCAUCGAGAUGUCCCGGAAGCAGGCUGAGGAGGAGGAUCUGCAGCGAGAACAGCUGCAGAUGCUCCGUGAACGUGAGUGGGAACGAGAAAGGGAGCAGUUCCAGGCGGCAUCCCUGCACACACGGACUCGGUCCCUGGACUUCCGAGAAAUCAGAUCUUUUCAUCUGGAGCCCGGCAGAGAGCCUCGCACCCACUUUGCUCAUGUUUUGGAUCUAGGCUCUUCCCCAGCUCAGAGUAGUGCAGCUCCCAAGUCCCCUUCACCCAGCUCAGCUCUUGAGCCCAUCAGCGUGUGGUCUGGGCCCCAAGCCCUUGGCCAGGAAUUCUUCCCCCAGAGCACCAUGUCACAGCAAAAUGAGGUGCCCUCCCUAAAUCUCUUUGAUGAGGAAGACCUCUCCAGCCCCACAGCAGAGGGCACUACCAGCCCUCUUGCUGCAGAGCCUUCCUUUGGCCCUUCAGCCCACAUCCUCAAAGAGUACAAUCCUUUUGAGGAAGAGGAGGCAGUGGGCAAUCCCUUCACUAACCCAGAUAGCCCAGCACCCAACCCCUUCGAAGAGGAAGAUGAGCAUCCCCACCAGAGGCCCUCAAGCCCUCCUGUUCCUGGCAACCCCUUCGAGGAAGCCACCUGUACCAACCCCUUCGAGAUGGACAGUGACAGUGGGCCGGAGAGCGAGGAGCCCAUAGAGGAGGAGCUCCUCCUCCAGCAGAUCGAUAACAUCAAGGCGUACAUCUUUGAUGCCAAGCAGUGCGGCCGCCUGGAUGAGGUGGAGGUGCUGACAGAGAACCUAAGGGAGCUGAAGCGCACCCUGGCCAAACAGAAGGGGGGCACUGACUGACCAGGGGGUGGGCAGGGCACCUUUGGGCCCAGGGCCUGGCAGGAGGCAGUGGAGCAGAAGAGAGGGUUGGUGGGAUUGAUGGGGAAGGAGGAAGGAUGAGAAUCAAGAUGCACACAGGUUAGGUGAGGGAAUCUGCUAUUCUGUGCUGUGCAAUUGGGGGUUUUUCCACUACAGUUGAAUAAUAAAAUGGGAAGUAGAACAGGAAGAAUCAGCAUUCAUUUGCUGUUUUUCCUGUAUUUUUUUUUUGUAAUUGGAUUUUCCCUUUAGAAGGGACUUUAAAUUUCACUACCAAGAUAUAACUAAAUGCUGUUCUUUUGGACCCAGGGCAGAAGUGGCUGCCAUGCACCUUGUGGGUCCAUUUGCUCCUGCAUAGUCUUUGGUCAUUUUGCAGUAUUGUAGGGCAGCUGUAUGCAGGGCCCUUCCUUUAGCCAGGACAGACGAGAUGGAUUCCUUUAAACUUUGCUCUGCUCUGGCAGAAGUCUGUCCCCAUUAGGCUAUGGGUUCCUUUCACCUGGGACUUGCUCUGCCCUGCUGGGCACAUCCCUCCUGUGCAAUGGAACGGGGAGGUAUUGCUAUGAAGGCAGUAGUUUAGACCCAGGAGAGCCCAGUACCUCUUUUUUUUAAGAGUGGGUGACAGGGAUGAGGUUUCGCCAGGGUCUGUUGCCCUCUCAGUUUAAGUUCUUGUUUAUCUCUUUCAGGAAGUUAAACUCCCAGUGCAGGGGUAUCUCUGAGUCUGAUCAUGAGGUUUUUAGAAAAUAGGAGUGGUUAACUUUUUGGUUGAUAGAGGUUAGGUAUUAUUUGGGAGAAGAGUCUCUACACAAAUGUUGCUCUUUGGAACUGAAUGACUGCUGGAACAAUUGUCUGUCCCCAGAGAAACCUCCCUCUAGAGUUUUGGAAAAUUACUCUAACCUGAGCUUUUUCAAAGGGCCCAGUUUAUAAUUUAGGAAUUGGUGAUCAGGAACCUUUUAUGGAACAUUGUCAGAGUGGACGCUUCCCUGAGUCAGAAGAUAAAAUAAUUGCCAAGGCCAGUUGAUCAGCCUUCUUCCUUUUUGGUUCAUCCUGUCAGGACAGGGGCACUGGUGAGAUAUUUUCUUACCAAGGUUUAGUGUUAAGAAACUGAAAUGUUUGAAGAGGCACAACCCAGGAUUAUUCUGAUAGCACUGCAGUACUUGAACUCUUCCCCAAUUAAGGGCAAAAAGGGAAAUUGUUAAUUUAGCUCUGGUGCUUUGGUUUACAGGAACAUAACCCUUAACUGAUGUCUGACAUGAUACCCAAGUGUGCUCAGCUUUGGAUAGAGUUCCUGCAAUUAUGCUUGUUAAUUAAUGAACAAUAACUGGCCACUAGUCACUUUAUACCCCUUAACUAACUCUGGGUCAUACUCACAUUGGUUCCUGGUGUGAGAGCCAAAAUUCAUUGUGUUCCGUUCUGGGAAGAUGCAUCUUGAUCUUGGGAAUGUCUGAAAAACAUUGUGUUGUAAAAAUAAUCUAUAUUUGUGUUGACACUAUUCACAUUUCUUUAUCACCCGCUGGAUCUUUGGGCUGAAUGAAAAGGGCCUGUAUAGGGGCGUGAGAAUGGGGAGUGGGUGGAGGGUAUAUGGAAGACCCUUUACAUUUGGGUUCUGUUCACAAAGGAAUGUGAGUGGGCUACUAACGUCAGCCAGUUACUAACCUUGCUGAUUGUCUUGGGGGGUUUUUGGAAGUUGGCACCCCAGCAUCUAAAAUGUUGCCUGGUACAGGUGUCUUUUCUCCCUUGAGGUCCAUGCCCUUCAUGCUGUUAUUCUGGAGGGUUUCAUGGAUGGUGCAUGCUCCUACCUGCUCAGUCUGUCAUUUCUCUCUGACUGAAGAGGAGGAAGCUCUCUGCACCAAAAAGCAGAUAGUUCCAGAAGCUAAAUGCUGCUUUCCAUCAUAAUUACUUUUCUUAUGAGAAUAUAUCUCUUUUAAUUAGCUAGUGGUUUCAAUUAAGACUAGUUUACUAAACAUACCCUUUCCCUGAUAUCAACCACAGGUAGCAAUCUGAAGGAACUAAGAGCAUUGAGAACCACACAUAUAAGAAACAUUUUUUAAAACUAAAAAAAAAAUCACUGAAUAUACUAAACCAAACUAAAACCCUUUGAUGUGAUUGAAUUAUUCCAUGGCUAUAGUCUCCUAUAAUCAUAGACAUGACAGGAGUUAGAAUUCUCUACCCUUCAGCGGUACCAUUUCCCAGAAUUCACACAGGCACAAAGUUGGAUUUACAGAGAUGGGUUAACAUCAGGGAAAAGAUGGCCUAUGAACUGCAACCACAACUUCAAGUUCUUACCUCAUGUGAAUAUUUCACCCUGCCUGCAGUCCUUCAAGGCAAACAACUCUAUCUCCUCAGAAAAUGGGCAUGUUCUUGCUACCGUGUUGGCUGAUCUCCCUAGCUGUAGAUCAUAUAUGGAAGAGACUUUGGGGAUUCAGGCAUCAAAUGAAGUCGGCUUUUCCCUUUUAUGCCUUGUUUGUAUUUUUCCCUGUUUAAUACACUAGGACACUUACUCGUUAUACUUGCAGCUCAGUGUGUCUUUGCUGUUCAGAUACUAAAAUGUACCUGAGUCAUCAUGAGCCAUGUGGUAGGUUGAACAUUGGCAUAGUUAGGUGAGGGGCCUCGAAGUGAGAAGCUGGUCUCUUUACCAGGUCACAGACUGUGGUAGCAGGUUGUGCUGGUCAUCUGACAAUGAUGGACAGUUUGAGGGUCACUGAUUUGCAUGCACUACUCUGGGGCCUUGUAUUGGAACCUUUUUAAAAAAAUAAAAUAACAGAUGUUA